AAAAGUUUAUUUUGUGCACAACUCCAGUGUACAGAAAACAUAACAGAAGACACUCAGAUGUCAGCUCUUGUCAACAUGUCAGUCUAUAGGAUCAGUGAAUCUGAAGGGAAGAUUUUGUUGGCGUCUAUUUCAGGAUCUGAUUCAAAGGUUCGCGAUUAUAAAAUAUCUGGGAUAUUAUCUGAGGGCAAACUAUCCAAACAUCACGGAGAACUGGUCUUGUCUUUUUCCAAUACUUCAGCAUGUAAUUUACACCAGUAUAAAUGUCAAGUAUAUUUUACCAAUAAGACAGGAGACACUGGAAUGCUAGAGAAUAGAACAACGUCUUAUGAAAGAGAGAAAAUCAAGAAAUCUGUUUUGUUGAUGAAUUUGAAAGCUCAAACUUUGAACUAUGUGAAAUCUGUGGACACAAUGGCAGAUUUUCUGAAAUCAUUUGAAGAUCCAGAAAAACUUAAAGGUGCAGACGUGUCAAUGUCCUUACAGAUGUCACAUUCUGGUAGAGAUGGGUACAGUGACGACACGGCUCAGAUUCCAUCAUCUACAGAGUUAAACAACAGUAACAAACACAUCAGCUCUACUAAUGCUAUAGACGUGCUUGAUGCUAAGAUAAAUAACAUCACAGAACACAUGCAAACAGUGAAUGACAGAUUUGGAGCUAUAGACGUAAAACUCAACGAGGCCAUUUCAGGGAACAACCAAAUAAACAGCAUGAUAGAAGCUUUAAACACAACUGUACAAGAGAUGAAAAACAACUACAACGUCAAUCCUGUGUUGUCACGGAUUUCACUUCAGUGCAAAAAGAACGACAAAACUGACGUACCAGAACGAACGACCGUCAGACUUGGUCAAGAUAAAUUGGCUUUGUGCGACACAAAAACUGACGGUGGAGGUUGGAUCAUUUUUCAGAGGCGUGUUUUGGGUGACGUGAAUUUUACGAGAGAUUGGAACGCCUAUAAACAUGGAUUUGGUUCAAUGAUUGGAGAUUUCUGGCUUGGGAAUGACUGGAUCUCUAACCUGACUUUGAUGGGAUACAAUGAACUGAGAAUCGACAUGACUCAUAGGGGUAAAAAGUACUACGCCCAUUACGACUAUUUCAAGGUAGAAAACGAAGCAGCGUCGUAUAAAAUAUACAUGUCGUCAUUCAGUGGAAACGUUAGAGACCAACUAAAUUAUCAUCAUGGUAUGAAGUUUUCUACCAUCGACAGGGACAAUGAUCGAUCCAGCGCAGAUUUUGCUGGAGAAUGUAAAGGUGGUUGGUGGUAUAACGCCUGUACACAUUCAGCUUUAAAUGGUGCCUGGGGUAAAACAGACAUUACUACAGGGAUAUACUGGUCUAGCAUAUCAAGCGAUGGUUCUAUUGCUGACUCAGUUGAGAUGAAAGUACGUCAAGUGUAAACAAAGUAUCUGAAGAUGUUUUAAAUACAGUUAUAGCUUUAAGUUGGUGUAACAGACCUAUUUUUAUGAGACAAAUCUAUUCACUCCACUGCUCUUCUUAAAGUGUGAAGGGUCUCUGUUCUGUAACUGAAGAUUUUAAAGUAACCUAUUUCUAAUUUUUGAAAUUAAUUCUUUUAAUUAGUAUGGAGUUUUUGUAUGUUCAUUUUUAUAACUACACAAAACAGCAUCUGAAUGACUGACAGUUACAAUAGAGAAAAUAUACACAAUUACAGUUAAAUAGUUUAUUGUCUAUUCUUUCCUCAAUAAA